AUGUCCGGAUCUGCAACCUCAUAUUUCCCUGGUGGUGCUCCACCAAUGCCAGGGCAUAGUGGAGUCCAUAUUAGUACCCCACCUCCGGCACAACAAUGGCCAAUACAGUAUCACACUUACCAGGCCCAAAGGUACCACCAGCAAGAAGUCGGAGACCAACAACAAGGGCAUCAACUAUCCAGUAUCACCCACCAUCAACAAAACAGGGGUAUGUACCAAUCUCACGACUUGGGGACCUAUGAGAAUCACCACGCCCCAUCAGCCUCAGACAGUCAGCAUCUGCCACAGACCCAACAACCGAGACAUCUUCCAGCUCCCUCUACGUAUGUAUCCCAGUUUCCGACGAGGCCUCCCUCUGGUGGAAGAAAUGGGGACGCAAAUAACGCUGGCGCCUUCGACAUCAGGUACGCCACCAACUUCUUUGCCCAAAUGCAUUACAGCGCUGCCAGCAAUGGUGAAUGUCUGGCAAGACCGGUCGCUCCGUUUCCCGCUCUGGAGGACAGGACUACAGAGAAGCUCAAGAACGUAAGUAACAACCGUCCAACAACUGAAACUCCACCGAAUGUUUAUCCUCAAUCAGCAGUGAGUGUCAGCAAUAAAGUGGACAUACCCGAGGCUCCAAUUGGAAUGGCGAUGAAGACCUCAACAUUUUCAGAGAGAUCAGGGAGUGGGAAUGCUAGUCCCCCUCACCUUGUAGGACAAGCAUCUUUUAGGGACCAUUUCCACAACAUGCAGCGUUUUGGAGAGGCCUUUUCGGAUCUUCAAACUAUCAGAAGGGACGACGAUGGGUCCAGCAACUUCCACAUGAACUCACCACCAUCUGCGGCGACUGCGACUUUUGCGACGUCUUUCCCGAAGGUGCUAUACAGUCCAGAGACGUUCCCAAAAGAAGAAAAGAAUUCAAAUCCCGAAGUUAGCUCUUACCCAGAUAGCGCGAAUACGACAUCAACCCCAUCGCCGCCUGUUCAAGACCGUUGCCCGCCCUUAUCAAGAGUGGAGAUGGAUGUCCGACCGCAGUGCGCUUUUUUCUACCCGUGGAUGAAGACACAAUCCGGUGAGAUUCCAGGACGGGAGACAGCCAAACGCACCCGCCAGACGUACACUCGAUUCCAGACGCUGGAGCUGGAGAAGGAGUUCCACUACAACCGCUACCUGACUCGCCGCCGACGAGUGGAGAUCUCGCAGGCGCUGGGCCUCACAGAGCGCCAGAUCAAGAUCUGGUUCCAGAAUCGGCGCAUGAAGCUCAAGAAAGAGAAUGGUGGAACGCUACCCGCCCCACUCGUGAGCCUAGGGCAGUCCGUGGCUGCGAGGGUCCCCGUGCUCUCCAUGGGGCUGCCCAGAUCGUCGCCAUCCUGUUCACCACUGAGGUCCUCGCCAGACGCUGGCUCUGACAGUGUGGACUGA